AUGCUGCAACAGCAGAAGCAGCACGAGAAGCUUCUCAUGUACAAAAGACUCUACGCAGUGCUACUGCUGGCGAUUUUUCUUGCUAUCAUUGAUCUGCUUUGUCAGAUAUACGUCGCUUCUUGGGACGCCUCGUUCCCAUGGAAGAACCAGUGGUGGCUGAGUGAUGCGGUACCACAUUUACUUUUUCUUCUCGUCUUGGCUGCUAUGAUGUUCAUAUGGAGACCAAAUCAUCAGUCCAAAAG